AUGCCGACCUCGCUUCAUCCCCAGGCCAAGUUCGACCCUAUACCGCCGGAUUUAGACCUUCACGCUUUGGUCGACCGCACCCCAAAUUUCAAAUGGGUACAAAGGGUAUCUCGGACACAGAUUCGAAACCUCGGGCAGCAGGAAUUCGAAAAGCUCGUUCAGAUUCACGUUAUAGCUGGCGGGAAGCCGCUCGUCAUUGAUGGAUGGGAUUCUGUGCUGCCCACUCAGCUGUUCAGCGCUGAGUGGCUCGAGAAGACCUACGAUAAGAAGCAGGAAAAUGUUCGCGAUAUCCCUGCCUCCAGCGAUAUUCCCAUGACGAUGGGACACUAUUUACGGUCCAUGAAGCAGCUCACGAACCAGUGGACGCCACACACUUUUCGCGACGAGCGGCGGCAGAGACUCUAUCUCAAAGACAUCGACUGCCCACCCGAGUGGCACGACGCCUUGCAGAAAGCCAUCCAGCCCAGCCUCUUCUACCUCAACGAGAAUGUCACUACGUCGGGCGGAACCGAGCGCGAGGAGGAUGAUCUCUUCCGGGGCGAGACAACCGCUGCUCCGGCCGGAGAUCUCAUGUCAAGCCUCCCCGAAGAGAUGCGCGCCCAGAAUCUGAUGUGCUACAUUGGCCACGAAGGUACAUACACUCCGGCUCAUCGCGAGAUGUGUGCUUCACUCGGUCAGAACAUCAUGGUCGAGGCGUCGAGAGAUGGUGCUGGUGAGAAAGCUGGUAGCUCAAUCUGGUUCAUGACGGAGAGCAAGGACCGUGAAGUCGUCCGGGAGUACUUCCUCUCGAUGCUCGGACACGACAUUGAGAUUGAGAAGCAUUUCGCCCAGAUCAAUGCCUGGAAGAAGGCACCCUUUGAUGUCGCCGUGGUCGAGCAACGGCCCGGAGACUUCAUCCUCAUCCCUCCGCUCGCGGCCCAUCAGGUCUGGAACCGUGGAACGAGGACCAUGAAGGUUGCUUGGAAUCGUACGACCGCCGAAACCCUGGACAUGGCUCUGCACGAGGCGCUGCCGAAGGCCAGACUGGUCUGCCGGGACGAGCAGUACAAGAACAAGGCCAUUAUCUACUUCACACUUCAGAAGUACUUUCAAGAAUUGCAAGAGAUGGAGGAGAAAGCAGAGAUGGCUCAGCUGAGCUUCAUGGGCAUCGGCCACAACAUUAUCAGAAACUCGCCCCGCGCCAAGCACCUUGCCAGUGACUUCAAGAAGCUCUUCUCACUUUUCUCCGAGAUUCUCGUGGACGAAGUCUUUGCCACCAAGGAGAAAGACGUCGAAUUUCUACCGUUCGAUUCUUGCGUCACAUGUUCCUAUUGCAGGUCGAACAUCUUCAACCGGUUUCUGACCUGCAAACAUUGUGUACGGACUCUGGCGAGCGGAGACGAAGAUGCCUACGAUAUAUGCAUGGAGUGCUAUGCCAUGGGUCGGUCCUGUGCGUGCCUUUCUGGGCUGCAGUGGUGCGAACAGUGGUCCUGGUCCGACUUGAUUGACAGUUAUGAGAAUUGGCGCGCCAUGGUGAUCAUCAGCGACGGGUACGUUGACCUGCAGAACUCACCACCUCCCUUCGAGAUUGCUCGCCAAAAAUCUGGCAAGAAAUCAGUCGCCCAGAUCUGCCAAGAGGCAUUGAGGCGACGCCCUUGGAAAGACAUUACCAAGCCAGAGCGCGAAAAGACACCCAGCGACUCGGAGCAAGUGGACGACGAUGACAAGUCGAGAAAGAAGCCGAAGCGGAAGAAGAAGAAGGGUGAACUGCGUCGAUGCCACGUGUGCUGCCACAAAGACUACAGCUACAGAGUGCACCAAUGCACCAACCCUGGAUGCACCGAGGGCUACUGUUACGGCGUGCUCUACAGAGCGUUUGACAUGAUGCCACAGAAGGUGCUCGAGGAUGAGUACUGGCAGUGUCCGAAGUGUCUAGGCAUCUGCAGCUGUGGCGGCUGCCGCCGGUCUGGUAACACAAACGCCUAUACUCCAAAGAGCACCCUUCUAGGCCACGACACUCGUCCAAUUGCCGAUGACCGGAGCGUAGAAGCGCUAGUCGAUUUUCGAGUUCACAACCUGUCCUGGCUCAAGGCGGUCGGAGAAGAGGGUAGGAGCAAGGACAGCCGCAGAAUGCAGCGCCUGAGAGAGCAGGCAGACAGUGCGAAGGCGCAAGAUUUGACGCAUCAAGUCGAGGCUGGACAGGCAAUGCCGGGCGAAAGCGAAGCAGCAGACUCCGCCAACGUCGCUACCACCACUGCAACCGGUGUCAACGGCUACGGCGAUCAGAGCGAAGUGUUUGGCACAGAAGGCCCCAUGCUGGGCAGCUAUACUCAGAACGCGGAUUCCAGCCAAAUCAACGGGAUGCCAGCUGCCGUCGAUGAGUUUACUGCAGGGCCAGGGGCCUCUGACAUGGGCGACGCCGACAGGUCAUCCUACCCGGAUCCAUCGGUGCUCGUUCGUCAGCGCAUCGGAAUGGGCUAUUACGAGCAGGACGACACGCCGGACAAGAUCUUGUUCGAUCCUUAUCAGGCACCGUCUGAAGACGCCAUGAAGAUGCGAGAUUCUGAGGUGCCUGAAUUUGUGAAGAAAUCGAUUCGGGCGGCAAAGAGAAAGGCGAGGCGGGAAAACGAGGAUCCUGACUUCAUUGUUGGGCGAAGCCAUCACUCUAAGAAGCCGCGUCUCACUCAGCAGGCAGAUUUCUUGGAGAGCAUGGAUCCUGCCCUCUUUGACAGCCCCGCUGCUCCCGCUGGCAACGACCGCGAGGCCGUAGGAGACGACAGCUCACGCCCUAGUCGGCAGUCAGAGGCACCGGCAACCCGGCCGGACGAUGCUCCCCAACGACGGCAGGCAGCCCUACGUUUCGACGCAAACGAACCAGAGCUCCGGCACGCCAAGCCGUUAGCAUCAUACGUGGAAGUCGAGGAUGCUGAACUUGACGAUGCGGAGGAGGGCUCGUUGACAGCGCAAUCGCCACGAGCACCCGAGAAGCCUGCUGGCUCUUCUCGGAGCAACGCCAUUGACGCUGCCGCAGAUGACAUUCGGGGGAUAUUCGGCGCACCGACAGAGGCCACGGCCCACGGAGCCCCAGCUCCAGCGACGACACCAGGAGCGGCACCUAAGAGGCGCGGCCGGCCGCCAAAGAGGCUUGUGGUAACGGAGGCUGCAGACUGA